AUGUUUAUGGGAAUGAUAGGGAAACCAUUGUUUGAUGCUGAAAACAACAUGAUACAUGAUGGUAAAUAUGGCCUUUUUCCUUUUGUAAAGUAUGAAAGAGCCAAAAAUAAAAGCAAGAACAGAGAUGCAGGCACUCUAGAGACAAAGGCAAUUCAAAGUGUCACAAAAGAGUGCAUAAGGGAGAUGCUGCUAACACAUGUCAUCCCAACAAUCUAUGAAAAAUGGCAACAACAGUUACCAAAGGACAUCAUCAUACAAUGGGAUAAUUCUAGGCCUCAUCAGGUACCAAAGGAUGAAGAAUUUCAAGCAGCUUGUCAUGCACAUGGGUUCAACAUUCAAUUCAUAUCCCAACCAGCUCAGUCACUAGAAACAAAUGUUUUAGAUUUAGGCUUCUUUAGUGUGAUUCAAUCAUUACAAUAUCAAUCAUUUCCAAGGAAUCUAGAUGACUUAAUCAAGGAAGUGGCUAGAGCUUUUCAAGAAUUUGAUCCAAUACUAAACAAGUACACAUGGAUCACACUUCAAUCCUGCAUGAUUAAGAUACUGGAAAAGCAAGGUGGUAAUAACUUCUCUCCCCCACACAUGAAGAAAAGAAGUUUGGACAGCCAAGGUCUACUACCACAACUACUUGAAGUAGACAGGGGUCUCAUUGCUUAG